CGCGUGAUUUCACAAGUGUCCACAGUCUACGAGCAGGCCUCUCGGCGAGACGAUGAGCUAUGGCAAUAGAAAACAAAACCGGCGAUGAGGAAUUUGACUCGGUUUUUUUCGACUCCCUGGAGCUGUCGUCAUCGUCGUCGCAAUAUGAUGGCAACUCGUCGCCGUGUCGCGUGUUCAAAAUUAUCGUCAUAGGAGACACCAACGUGGGCAAGACAUGUUUGACGUACAGAUUCUGCGGUGGGUCUUUCCUUAAGAACCCCGAGGCGACCAUUGGCGUUGACUUUAGGGAGAGGACGCUGGAGCUGGAUGGGGAAAUCAUUAAGUUGCAGAUCUGGGACACUGCAGGCCAGGAGCGUUUCAGGAAGAGCAUGGUGGAGCACUAUUAUCGGAGCGCGCACGCCGUCAUCUUCGUCUAUGAUGUAACCAGCCUGACAACCUUCCAGAGCAUCCCCGACUGGAUCGAGGAAUGCAGCCGUCACGCCGUGGGGCCCCUGGUGCCCCGCGUGGUGGUGGGCAACAAGUGUGACCUCUGGAACCACCGCGAGGUGCCGACGUCGGCAGCGCAGUGCCUCGCCGAUGGGCACAACAUGCCCCUAUUCGAGACCUCGGCCAAGGACCCCGCUGAGAAGGAGCAUGUGGAUGCCAUUUUCCUGACACUGGCCUACAGGCUCAAGAGCCACAAACCUCUGAGACUGAAGCCACCCUCUGAGUGUGACGUUGGCCAUCUUUGGAAACCCAGAGAGGAGGAAGUGGUAACCUGUCAGUGCUGAUAGUUAGCAUCCAACCACAAGCUUCCUGUGAAUUUAUACCUUGAUCUUCCUGUAGAUAUGCACUUCACAGGCAGCGCAGAGGGAUGAAUUUGCACUAUAUUUCUAUGAAAUGCAUGCAAAAAUAUACAGGUCAUGUAGCUUUUUUUUUAGUUGAGAACAAAAUAGAAUUGGGGGUACUUAAUUUUUACAGUGGAUCCUCCAAAAUUGAGCACAUGAUCAUUUUAUUAAUUUGCUCCACCAUUCUCAAAUCUUAAUUUACUGUACGAACCAUAUUUUUAGUCUUAUUUUAACCGCAUCACUUAUGUGAGCAAAGGGCAAGCAGAAGUUACAGGAUUGAGCCUGUACCAACUGACUUCGGAUGAGAGGCGAGGAUAGACCCAGGACUGAUUGCCAGUCACUCACAUUCACACUUAUAGACAAUUGGGAAUCUUCAAUAAACCUUAACUUGCAUAACAUCAGGCUGAAAAGUGAUUAAGGUUAAGCUUUAAAGUGUUAAACUGGAAGUUCCACUGUAUUAUGGAGUAAGCAAUCAGCCAUGUAGCGACACUAUUAACACACCUGUGCAUGCUUAAAGGCAAAAGACGCAAUGUUUUAAAGGGACAUUUAUAUUGUUAAAAGUGAAACAGUCACCGUAUUGAAGGUGUUUUUCUUCAAAACGCAUAUGAUCAUAACCAGCUCUAUCUCAGAUACUCUUAAUCAAUUGCAAUGGUACUGAUUACAUGAAAUGUUUUUUUUCACUCUCUUUUUCGUCCAAACAAGCCUUGAAAUGCAGACAGUCAUUCCUCUCUGGACCACCUUGAAUUUUGCCACAUGCCACCAAAGUGACUGAUGUCGACUUUGAGAGUGAUUUUGGUCUUGUUUGUUUGAAUCAACAAAAUAAAACGUUUGUUGCAGAAAGUCGA